GGGACGGAGGGGACUAGGAGCUCAUAAUACAGUUAUAAGCGUAAAGAAAAACCUCGUUUGAAGCGCGAUUCUCUGUGGUGGUCGGGAGUGAUGAGAUCUGCAACUGUAAAAUGCAGACGUUGCCUCAGUCUUUUGCUCCUCUAUUACGUGCCAAGAAAGCAACCAACGAAAAUCUAAGUAUAAGGGGCUUCUUCUUUGUGAUGUCCCUGUAUAUAUAUAUAUAAUACUGUAAAUAUGGAUGCCGGUGCUUUGCUUGCCCUUCCGGAGAGGAAGUAGCCACGUAGAUGCUGGUUGCUCGUGACGGAGCUUCGGUGACCUUUCCUGAGGAGCUGCGCAGAAGAAGAACCAGUCUGCGGGAGAAGUGCUUAAAGGACAUGGGAACACUGUGGUCUGCGCUGCUGUUUUUGCCGUUCCUCCAUUACUGAGAAGCACUACUGGAGUUUUUCCCAUUUGUUUUUUGCUUUUACUUCUGAGAUAUGCAGCGUUAUGUUUUUGCACGGUAAAUAGCAAAAUGAUAUCAAAAAGAAAGGCGGAUCACCUGGAGAGAACAGCAAAGGACUUUCGGCAGGAGGUUAUUUCUAAAGCAAAAGUGUGUGGAAUCACCAAUGAAUCUGAAACAGUUAAAAGACUCUGUUUGGCAGUCACAGAUAAAGAGUUUACUUUUAAAGCAGGACAAUGGGUAGACUUCUUUAUUCCUAGAGUUGCUGUAGUUGGUGGAUUCUCAGUGUGUUCAAGUCCUGGUCUGCCGGACCAAGGAGUAUUGGAACUAGCAGUAAAACAUACUCCUGCUCACUGGAUUUACACUAAGUGUACCCUUAACUCAGAGGUGGCUUUGCGAGUGGGAGGCAACUUCUUUGAUCCUCAACCAGCUGACUCUCCUUCAAACCUAGUGCUCAUUGCUGGUGAAGUAGGGAUUAACCCUUUGUUUUCUAUACUGCUUCAUGUCGCAGACCUUCAUACAAUUCGAGAGAGAAAAGGAACUGGGUACAAAAUGGGAACGACAAAUCUCUUCUACUGUGCCAAAAAUACUCGCGAGCUGUUAUUUAGGAAACAUAUCCUUGGUUUGACAAAUGCAUUUCUAGGAAAAAUCACAUGCAGCUUCCAUGUUACUCAGCAGAGUUCACCAGUCUGUGAAAAACUUCAGCCUCAUAUUAAGGAAGGAAGAAUAUCUGCAGAUGAUCUAGAACAAUGUAUCUCCAAGGAUACUUUGUGGUAUAUCUGUGGUCCACCUCCAAUGAUAGAAUCUAUAUCCAAGCUGCUAGCAAACCUUGGUGUGGCUCAAGAUAAUAUUUUGUUUGAACAGUGGUGGUAGUACAUAGCAGUCCAGCAGAAAUUAAAAAUAAAGAAAAUGGAAUACACACACACAUAUAGAUAAAUACUGAUGAAUGUUAAGAGUUUACAGAAAACAUACUUUUCCAUUUGCCCCAAUGAGACUUUUAUGUAUGGAAUUAUGUUAACUUAUUCUAAUUUUGGCCACUCAAUUGUGAAAAAAUAAACACAGUACACGUUAUA